AUGGCUGACCAGGCCGACAAUCAGGACUUCCCGGAACGGCUCCGCGGCUUCCUCUCCGAGAACCUCGGCAUGUCACCACUGCAUAUGGCCGUGGGACAGGGCUGCAUCCACCUUGUGUUGAUGCUGCUGGAUGUGGGGCGUGGCGCAGGACUGGUUGGUCCCACUGCGCAGCGACUCCGCCGCCACUGCAUCGGCUCUGCAUCUGGCGGCGCCGCCGCCACCUCGUCCCUGCCGUCACGCCUUCUGACCUUCAUGCGGGAAGUCCUGCCCGACGGCGGCGCCGCAGCCCCUGGCUACGUCACUGUACGGCAUAACCGACGCACGUACGAGCUGGACUGUAGUAAUGCCGUGCAGGAGCAGCCCGAACAGGAAGAGCAACAGAGCGCUGAGGCGUCAUCGCCACGGCAGCGACAGCAGCAACACCAGCGUGGGAGCGAAGGGCAGCAAGGCUUGCGGCAAUCCGGGGCACACGGGGAGCGCUUGCGACCCCACGUGCGCUCAGACACUGCUGCAACCGCCGCUGCUGCUGGUGAAGGAACUGAUGUCGAUGCUGCCGCGGCGUCGGCUACGGUCGGUACCCAGACCGGCCUUGGGGAAGGAGCCGCUGAGGCGGCAGAUAGGGCCAUGGCGGCGACAACUUCCAGAACGUCUGCUGUCGCAUCGACGUCCACGCUUACAGCCGUUUCUGCAGGUGGUGAGGGCUCCGGAGGUACUUGGGGCUCGUCGGGCGCUGGGAAUGCCAUGACGCGCUCCUGGGUCGCGUGGCCGGUUUCGCAAGGUGCUGGUGCUGGUGCACGCCAUGCAUCGACUGCCGGUGGCAGCAACAGUGUGAUUGGCGGUGGUGUUGCUGGUGCUGGUGCUGGCGCUGAGAUCCCGGGUUUGGUUUCGGAGCGCGUGGCAGCUGGUGGGGGCGGGGAGGCUUCCAUGGCGGCUCUCGCCGUGGAGACCCGCGCAACUCACGAUCCAUUGGGUCACGCGGCAUACGACGAUGGUGCGAGCACCAAUCUUGGUCUCCCUCUAGAGCCGGUCAGGAGCAAUGAGAACCGUAGUUUCGGUGGAGGUUUUGAUGCGCUGACGGCGAGCAGGCCCCCGGAGGCGGCGGCAAUGGCGGAUGCAGCUUUGCAGGCUGGCGGCAGCGGUGGCGAGUGCUUCCCUGACACGGCUCUUCUGCGGCCCGCUACUGCUCCAUCGGACGCCUUGCAGCUUGGUCGAGUUCCAUACAGCGCUGUUGGCCUCCAUCGGCGUAGUGAUAGCAACGUACAGAACCCCGUCGAUAAAGCGGCUGUUGCGGGAACGGCUGCGGCAGCGGCCGACAACAGCAGUAGCAUCAGGGGCGGCAGCAACACCAGUUCCAGCGUCGGUGUGCGGAGCGAGGUUUCGGCUUGGCAACCGCAACCAGGUAUUGAGGCCGCAGCCGCAGCCAGCGCACCCACAAAUGCCAGCAGUACGGCUACGGCAAGUGUGCAAGCCACCUUGACGUUUCCGCGUUCCGCUUGGGGCCCGACGUUGAUCGACGACAUGAGGCCGCCAGCUGGCGGUGCUGCAGAAGCGGCGGCGGCGGCGGCUGGCGGCUGGCUGGGCCCGUCCUACCCUCCAUCCCUACGGACGCACAGCCCCCCCCAGCUCGUUCCCCAUGUUGCCAUAAGCCCCACGGCUCAGCAGCAGCAACAGCAGCCAGGGCAGCAGCCCAACAGCAGUGGCGUGUCCAACGUCAUCGCCGUUCGGGUCCUCGGUGGUGGCAACGGUGGCGGCGGCUACGGCGAGCAGAGCAGCGGCACCUCUCUCCGCAGCAUGCUUGGGGCGGGGAGCGUGGAGAUACCCGACGCGCUGGUUCGUCUUCUAAUCCCGCAAGUACCGCUGGCGGUAGCGAGGCUGCAGAACCAGUCCCACACACAGCCUGUGGAGCUAUUAAGCCCCGCAGUAGCAAUUUGGCCGACGCCGACACCGGCGUCUGCGGCGGCAGCUGCAGCGGCAGCGCCGUCAGCGAGCACGGCAUCAGCAGGGCCACCGUCGCUAGUGGUGGAACCUGAGAUCGGGGGGCAAGAGGUCGCAGAAGAGGAUCGUGCCGGGGAGGCGAUGAGUCAAGUGGGGACGUCCCGCCCCGCGAUGCUGCAGCCGCUACGGCCGUCGGCAAUCGCGGCAGCGGCGACAGGGGCAAAGACAGGGACAGGGACAAGGGCUGCAACACAGAUGGAAUUGUCGUCUAACUCGCCGGCUGGCGGGCUGUGCAUUGUCAUGCGCUGCCCUGACGCGAUUGCUUCUAGGUCCCGAGGCCGCGGCCAUGGCGGCGGGACCGGCACCGGCGGCAUAGGGGACAGCGCUGGGGAGCGCGCGGUUGGAUCAGCUCGCGAGGGUGCUGCUGCCGGCGGCAGGAGCACCAGCGGCGUCGAUGCCGCCGCCACCGCAGCUGCCACUGUCAUCGACGACCCGUGCGGCGGCGGCAACUCGUGGGGUGAGCGUGAGGGUGACCGCGGGGAGAGCGGCUCCGAAACCAACAGCACCUCGAACUUGGGUCAGGUGUCGCAGUUGGUUGCGUGGAACCGCAACGGCGUCAUUCCCUUGCUGCAGCUGGACGAUUUCACGGAGGGGUGCACCCGAGCCACGCUGCUGCUGACGCCGCCGCUAGCACCGCCGCUGACACCAGCGGCACAUCCAGAGCUCCAGCCGCCGCCGCAGUCGCCGAGCUCCAGCUCACCAGGGGAGCAACAGCUACAGGCCCGCACAUCUGAUAACAGAGCCCGGGCCUCUCGCGCUGGGUCCUCGGGUUCCGCCACCGGCGGAGGCGGCGGCAGCAGCGGCGCUGGUGCUGCAGCCGUGUCAGCGGCGCCGGCGGCGCAGCUUGUGUACGUUGCCUGGCGGCGCGGGCAGUCCUUGGGACCUCCCUGUCCGCUACUGCUGCUGCCCUGCGGCCUGGAGGACGUGGCUUCGGAGCUGCAGGCUUUGCAGCCUCCGCCGGGCCAAACCUUUCUGAUGUCGUCGUCGUACCAGGCCUUCCUGGCUGACCUUGGCAUAUGGCUAGAGGCGCUUCAUGCGUCAGCGCCGCUGUCGUACACGGCGACGACGACGACGAUAUCCUCACAGCCUUCUUCUUCCGCCACUGGGGGUAUGGGCAAUGGCAACGGUAGCAUCCCCGCGGCCGCUGCAGCCAGCGGCAGCUUGGGCCUCCUGUAUAGGCCACGUCAGCUUUUCCACCCCUCCAGGCGAAGCUCCUCUGGUCGUACCAGCAGUCCGGGAACGGGCAUGGCCAUCGGCAUUGGAUCUGGAUUCAGUCCCCCGACCGCUGCUGCUGCGGCGGCGGCGGCCGGUACCGCUAGCCCGGCGCACGGCGACCUCAUGGAACACCGCUACAGCUUCGGCAACUCGGGCGGCGGCGGCGGCGCCAGUAACAGCCCCUGGCGCGCUUCUGGACCCAUAUCGCGCGUUGGCAGUGCUGCCACCGCCGCCGUUGCUCGGCAAUUGACGCCGCUGCCCACACUACCGACGACGAACACCGGCGGCGCCCCCGUCGCGCCGGCGGCGGCGUCAGCCGGACCGUCAAGGAGCCCGGGUGGCCUGGCUGCCGCUGAACCGCUGGCGCCAGGCGACCUGCUACAACGUAUUGAGGACAUGAAGCCCUUUUGCGCCAGGGGCCCGCAGUCCUUCGGCACGACACGGCUUCCUGCAGUUUCUCCGCCGCUGCUACCAGGAGCGCGGGGGCCUGCGACAGCGGCAACGCCACCGCCGCCGCAGCCGCAGCAGCAGCAGCAGCAGACGCGGUUCGCACAGCAGCGCGUGACGUCCGGGUCCCCCGUGAUGAGCGGCUCUGACGUAUUACUGGAUGAACGGAUCGCUCGCAUUGCAGAGGAAGUGUUUUGCCUAGGUUGCGACCUGCUUGCAUACGCCGUCGCUCGCGGCGCGGAGGCGACGGCUCGCCUCAUCAUGGGGCUUCUGCUUGUCUCCUGGCCACAAGCUUUGCCUGUGACGUCGCUCGGCGUCGGCGCGGCUAGCUCAGCGACUGCGACUGCGACUGCCGCAGCCGUGCAGAGCGGUACGAUUACAUCCUGGCCAAGGUCGGUGGGCAGUGGCGGCGGCCCUGGGCUGGGCAGGUUGCAGUCGGUAGUCAGCGGCUUCGGAGCCGCGGAGGCGUCGGUGGCGGCACCGCAGCCGCAGCCGCAGCCGCGGAACACCGGCCAGUCGGUGCGUGCAGCGCGGUUGCGAUGCAUCCUGGACACGUGUCGCAACAGCAACGAACAAGGCCACACGCUGCUGCACCUCGCGAUAUUGUCUCGCUCGUUGCCCGUUGUACGAUUGCUGUUGGUGACGUGGCCUCAGGAGUACGGCAUGCCGAUAUCAGAGCUUAACCUCCUGGACAAAGCCGGCCUGCCGCCCAUCGCUUAUCUUCCAUCGCUAUCGCCGCCCUCACCGCCGGCAUCGGCGGCUGAGCAGCCAGCUGCGGCGCCGGCAGCAGCAGCGAUGGCCGAGUUUGCGGCUGCGGUGGAGCCGUUGCUGCUUGCUCUUGGGCCCCCAAUGCCAAGUGAGGAGGGGCAAGCGGCGGCAGCUGCAUCCGCGGCGGCGCCUGGUCGUUGGGGCCUGCAGGCGGUGCAGGAGGGCGGCAGUGAAACAACCUCCCCAGCUGCCAGCGGCAUGUGGCUCCUCCCUGGAGCCUCUGCACGCCGUUCCCUUGCGGACAUCAUCGGCAUCAUCAGCAGCGGCGGCGCUGGCGGCGGCGGUGCCGCCCACAUCAGCACAUCAGAACUCGGUACUACUGGGGAAGAGGCACAGCGGCUGGGUGCCGCCAGCCGCCGCUUGCCGAGGCGCCGCAGCGGCGGUGCUAUUGCCGCCACCGCGGAGCGAGUGCAGAGCGGUGUUCUCCAAAUGGGCGGGGAUCUGCGGGAACCUCCUUUGUCGUCGUCGUCGUCGUCCGCCCACAUCUCUGCCGCUGCCGCCACCGCCACCGCCGCCAUCCAGCAUGCUAGGGCGUCGACAGUCCCGUCGGGCACCGGGACCCCGGCUGUGGCGGCAGCAGCAGCAGCAGCAGCAGUAGCAUCGCCGGUGUGGCCUCAGGCGACGCCUUUGGGCAUCUUAGGCCGACCCGGCGGGUCGGUCAAUCUCGGGCGUCCGCUGUUGCGUUGGGCGCUGUGGGCGGCGGUGCAGGUGCUGCUGGGCUCCUUGCAGGCCCUCGGGGUCCUCCUAUUCGCUAUGCCGCGCGCGCGGGACCUGCUGCCUUCCGCGUCUUUCCUUGCCAUCCCUGGCGCGCUGCUCUGGCUGCCAUCCGUGUGCCUGAUCUUGACAAGCUGCUUGAGCGCCGCGGUUGCGCUGCUGCCGCCGUUGUUGUUGCCGUUGCCGCCGCGCUGGCGGCCGCCGCUGCUGCCGUGGCUGCCCGCGGUGUUUACCUCGGCGGGCCGUACGAUCGCCUGCGUGAUGUCCCUGGCGGCGGCGGUCGAGCUGUCGCGCGCAAGGCGCACGGCCGCUACCGCUGCGGCCGACGACGACGACGGCAGCGGCGGCGGCGGUUUUAGGACAGCUGCUGGAGCCAACGGCAACGCCAACGUCGUCGUUGGCAGCGGCAGCAGGCACGGCGGGCUAUUGACGUUGAUGGCUGGCGGCCGGGGCAUGUCUGGGGCGGAGGCUAGCAUGCGAAUGCUGCUGAUGACGUUGGCGCCCACAGCGUUGGAAGCGGGCUACGUAGAGCCGCCCAUCCGAGCCUCACUGCUCAUGUCAGAAUACGGCCUGCCGCUGCUGUACGUCAUAUUGUACGACAGCGUACCCGCUGCGGUCGUGUGGCUGGCGUACGCUGCUUCUAAUGUGAUCCUGGGCAUGGCGGUUGUGGCGCUGAUGGACCUGCAUGCUCGCGGUACCGGCGGCGGCGGAAGGGGAAGUGGGCAUCCUGCCGCGGCGGAUUUAGGCGCUGCCGCCGCCGCCGCCGCCGCUGGCUGCAGCCGGUGGAAGACUGCGAUGCAUUUUGAAGCGCAGAGCGCAGACGAGCAACAAGACAGCAGUAGCUUCAACAGUAGUAAGCAGCAGUACAGCAGCGGUAACAUCAGCAACGGCGUCGACCCGCUUGUGUUUGCUGACGGAGGUGCAGGAACUCCCUGA